GCUUGCAUUGCGAUCCAGUUCACCAUUCAAAAGAAAAAGAAAAAAUCUCGCUCGCAAUUAGCCAAGCCUUCUUCCGGAAGCCUCCCUGCUGCGAGCUCCAGACGGAGGGGCCAUGGCUGCGCCGUUCGUCUACACCGGCAGCUCCGGCGGCCGCACCAGUCAGGACGCGGCCAUGCGAGCGGCGUUCGACGGCAACCUCCGGCGUCUCAGAGGUACUGUAAAGAGUCUCGACGACCCAAGGGUGAUCUUCUCUUUCGACAACGGUGGCCUUGGUGUGCUGCACAUCGCAGCCGCCGGAGGGCAUCUUGAUGUUUGCAAAUACUUGGUGGAGGAACUCGGGGGAGAUGUGAAUGCUCCUGUUCCUGGAGUAGCAGACUUUGCAGGUGUGACACCCUUUAUGUCAUCUGCUCAGUCUGGCGAUGUUUCUACUGUGAAGUAUUUGCUUGAUCAUGGUGGUGAUCUAACAAGAUCAGAUGCUAAAGGACGCACAGUUCUCCACCAUGCGGCAUGUGCAGGAAGCUGUACGGUUACUGAGUUCCUACUCUCAAAAGGAGUGCCUGUUGACAUAGAUUGUGGCCGUGGUACACCACUCCAUCAAGCUGCUACCAACGAACAAGAUAAAACUGUGAAGAUAUUGUUGGAACACCAUGCAGAUCCUAACACCACUGUCAUCGGAUUGGGUACUGCCCUGAUGGGUGCUCUAUUGUACCGUUCUUUGAAGUGCAUGAAGCUGCUGAUUAAGGCUGGUGCUGAUGUCAAUCGAGGGAGCUCACUUCCGAUGACUCCAUUAGUGUUUACUACAGGAUGGGGAGGCUACACCAACUUUGUGAAGUUUCUGUUAAAGGCAGGAGCGGAUCCUAAUAUUCCUGAUGCUUAUGGUAACUUACCAAUAGAGCUUGCUGCUAAACGUGACUGUAUGGAAGAAGUUGAAAUGUUGUUUCCUUUGACUUCCCCAAUACCAACUAUCCCAAACUGGAGUAUAGAUGGAAUCAUCUCGCAUGCAAAAUUAGAAAGUGCAAAGCCACUGGAUGGAAGGCAGCUUGAACAAACAAAAGCUACACUCAGAUCACAUGCGGACCAUUUAUUUAGGCUGAAGGACUAUAAGGUGGCAUCCAAAGCAUAUGGUGUGGCAAUAGAUGUUGCGCCGAGUGCAGCGUUGUACGCGAACAGGAGUCUUUGUAAGCUGCUGUUGGAUGAUGGUGAAGGUGCUCUGUCAGACGCCCUCAGGUGCAGAAUGCUCCGACCUAACUGGGUGAAAGCUUGCUACCGCCAGGCUGCAGCUCACAUGCUACUCAAAGAGUAUAAACAAGCUUGUGAUGCUUUCUUGGACGCUCAAAAGUUGGAUCCUGGAAACACAGAGGUCGAGAGAGAGCUACGGAAGGCCAGAGAAUUAAUGAAAGCACAUGGUGAGGCUGACAAGUGAAGAAUGCUUUGUUAGGGAAACGAUCUUUUGGCUUGGAUUAGAGUAGUUGAUCAACUGAAUGUGAUGCUACUUAUGUGACCAGAAGAAGACUGGUGGUUGAAUUUAUCUUGGCUUGUACUUAACUCUAGAGUCGUUGAGUUUCAAGAGUUCUUACGACUGCCACUUGUUGACUGCAUGCAGAGAGGGCUUGGUGUGAAAAAUGUGCUGUAAAACUCACAUCACAAGUUUUAUUACUGGAUAUAGCACAAAUACCAUAUCUGUUGAAUA